AUGGCGCUGGGCAGGCGGAGCGGCUCCGGGCUGUCGCACGGGGCUCGCGCCGGUUAUCGGUGCCGCAGAGAGAACCCGCGCUUGGGCCGGGCUCGGCCUCCUGGGCCCCCGCGGCAGCUGUCGGACCAGCCCCACCGCUACAUCCCGUCGCUGCCACCCCCACGCACACUUUGCCCCUUGAGGGACACGCCAGCCCGGGCACCAGGCACCACGAGAGGCAGGUCCAGUCCCCAGCUUGUCCCAGGCGAGCGGAGGCUGUUUGGCAUCGCUCCCGCCAGCCCCGGCUCCUGGGCCCUGGGGAGGAGAGGAGUAAAGAUCAAACCCUCCCCGGAUCAGAGGUUCUUGCUCCUGCUCCUUGCUCCUGCGAGCCUCUGGCUGCUCUGGUGCCGGGCGAGGGUCAGUGGCCCCGUCCCUCCAGGGGGGCACAUUGUGGCCACAGACCGGGUGCCGGGGCAGGGUCCCUCGGGGAGGUCGCCCGUCCCUCCCCAGCUCACGGCCGCGUUCCCCUGUCCUGCAGGCAUCGUCGAGAUCCGGUCGGUGCGUGUCGGUGUGGUGGCCAUCCGGGCGGUGCACACGGGCUUCUACCUGGCCAUGAACAAGCAGGGGAGGCUCUACGGGUCGAAGGAGUUCAGCCCCAACUGCAAGUUCACGGAGCGCAUCGAGGAGAACGGCUACAACACCUACGCGUCGCUGCGCUGGCGGCACCGGGGCCGCCCCAUGUUCCUCUCGCUCAAUAGCAAGGGCCGGCCGCAGCGAGGGGGCAAGACGCGCCGGCAGCACCUCUCCACACACUUCCUCCCCAUGCUCGUCAGCUGAGCCCCGCGGGCAGCUCUGGACCCUGCUGUAGGAAAAAAAAAAUGGAAAAAAGGGUUAUUUUAUUUAUGUACAUAUCUAUUUUUUUUGCUAUUUAUUGUUUUAUUUGUAAAUGCACGGCGGAGGAUGGAUGUGGAAGGCAGGUGCCCCAGAUGCAGGGAUGUGACUCUCCCCACCCACCACCGUGUGCCAGGGCUGCCAACGUCGUGCCCCGGCCACCACAGCCCGGACCAGGCGGUCGCACGGCGCUGACGGCGUCUCCGCAGGGGCUGGGACGUGACGGUGGGGUGUGUUUGUCUUGUGUCCAAGCACUUGUGGCAAUUAAAGCUGUGUCCGUGGUACAGAGA